AUGGCCUCCGCAUCCCCUACACCUGCUGCGAACUGUGACCAGGCCGUCCGUUCCGCUACGGGCAGUGUCUCUCCUCACCAAGUCGCAAGCCCGAAGAAGGUCACAUUCGAACUCCUCUUCACCGAGACGCAGGUUCGUGGCCGUCUUCCAAUGCGUGUCGAUAUUUUCCCCCAUGAUUCUACCGACUCCAUUGUCACCACUGUCAAGAACUUUUACGGGCUGUACUCGGGCCCGACCGGCUCCCGAGGCGUCAGUUUCGAGGAUCAAGACGGCACUACCCUCAUCGCCCGCUACGAGAAUUUCCGCAAUUGCAUGACUGUCUAUGUUCGUGUCAUUGAGGAUGCUCCCGCGGCCUCCUCCAAUUCCUUUAUUCCUCCAGCCUUCAACUCGGCCCCCAAUCACACUCAGCCCUUCUAUGGGACCGAAGCAUACCCCCUUCAGGCGCCGCCGCACUUCACGUCCGAGUUCACAAGGACCGCUUCGCGGUCGCCUCGGAGGCGCAGUCCUUCUCCCUAUGGCGGGCACGACCGCCGCAGCGCUUCAGCCAACGCGAACCCGCGCACGACCAAGAAGAGUCGAUCACGCUCCUCGAGGGCCCGUGAUCCAGCCGCCCACCCACACGCCGAACUAUACAGUGAUAGCAUCAACGGCUAUAGCAGUGGCGACGGCGCGCCCGGAAGUACCACCUCCGGCAAGGCCAAGGAACAGCUCGGCAACACUGAGAUUAGUCUUGAGAAUAUUGUCGAGGGUGGCCGUCGGAAGAGGGCCAAGUUUGAAAGUUCGGAACUGCCGCUGUUCGCACCCCCGCAAAUGCCAGCCGCCACAUCGAACCCAUCAGUGUCGCCUGCGCGUCGCAUCGAACACCAGCGACCCUCAAUAUCCCAUGCGCAGCAAGGCCAGAAUCCAUUCACGAACCCUAUGCCACUGCAGUCCCCGCAAAGCUACAACAACGGCUUCGGGCAGGCUGCUUUCUACGCAACACCCGCCUCUGACACUCGCCGCGCCCGCAACAGCAUCAGCCACAGCGGUCAAGGCAGUGCUCAUGCUGGUAUGUCUGGCAUCCUGCCGACACCAGACCCGACUGUCGGCAGUUGCAUGUCAGAGGAGGACAAGGAUGUCGCCAUCCAGCUAAUGCGCCUGGGUGACAUGUCAAACAUCUCUCACGGGCGAACCUCGGCGUCGACUCUCGAUGACACAUUCAGCGGUCGCGCUGACGCUGCCUCGUCGACUGGUGCCACUAGUGAGGGAGACAGCGACAGUGAAGAGGAGCUCCCUGAGGCUCGCCGCCAGAAGCUCGAUGCCGCUGGGACUAUGCGCAAGAUUUACCAGACCACCGAGAGCCACUUUAUGCCUCCGAAUGGCGGUCUCGACAGGGGCGCUACCCUCGGUGAAGACGCCGCGACCCGACCUACCCAACAAGAUGAGCCUCCUAUGAAGCCAUUGAAGUCCAAAACGGCCCUGCCAGACAUGCCCAGGCCUAAAGUCUUGACCUCUGCGGUCAAGACCAGCAAGACGUCAAAGGCAAGCAAAGUGCCUCGUCCUGUUGGUACCACCAAGUCGAAGAAGCCUGCUGCUUCUGUGGCAAGCAACGGCCCCAUGUCGCCGUCCUCGCUGCCUCCGUCGCGAAAGCCGUCUGUCACAGCUGGCGUGCCCCUUCCACCGGGUACCGUCGACGAGGAACAGCUUGACCUCUCUGCCAAGCCGCGCUGUCAGCGCUGCCGGAAAAGCAAGAAGGGCUGCGAUAGGCAGCGUCCUUGCGGUCGCUGCAAGGACGCCGGUCUCAGUGCCGACCAGUGCAUCAGCGAGGACGAAGGUAACGGCCGCAAGGGUCGCUAUGGUCGCCACAUGGGUGUCCCCAUUAAGAUGGAGGACAUCGCUGUCGGUCCAUCGCAUCCCUCUCUCAUGCCUUCAGCAACUCCAGUGUCUGCUGCCACUACUGCCGCCGCCGCCGCUGCGGACAAACUGAAGAAGCGCAAACGGUAG